CACCGCACCACACCGGGACUGGGCUGAGCGGAGGCUGUAGGCUAGGCAGUAAGAGAGACAGAUAGAGGACGCGUCAGUCGUAGUAGCCUAAGAAAACAUCCUCCCUGCUGUCAUGAAGUUCUGUUUGUAACCUAAUUGUUUGUUGCUAUAGGUCAGGAGACAGACGGAGAGGUGUAGAGGGACCUAUUUUUAUUUUUGAGAAAACGAAAGGAACCAUAACUGUGUCUGAUUUCUAAAAAGGACUAGGAGAUAUCCACACACAGUGACCUGGGUUAGAGAGAGAUUUUAAGGUCCGGUUUUUCGGUGAAAAGGGAAGCUAUGUCGUCCGCGACGGUAGCUGCUUCAAGAAGGCAGUCCUGUUAUUUAUGCGACCUGCCCCGCAUGCCUUGGGCUAUGAUCUGGGAUUUUACCGAGUCCAUCUGCAGGGGAUGUGUCAACUACGAAGGAGCGGACCGGAUCGAGUUUGUGAUUGAGACAGCCCGGCAGCUGAAGCGGGCUCACGGUUUACAGGAGGGGAGAUCUCCGGGGCCCGCUAAACAGCAGCAACAGCUCUCGGGGAAAGAGAUUCAUUCUAAUCACCACGGGUCUGGAGGAGACCCCGGUUCCCGGCCUUCACAGCCCCUGGACCGCUACCCCCUCUCCACCUCGGACCGUCCUCCGCGGCUGGGGCCAGAGUACCAGUCUGGGAGACAGGCUAACGGAAUUCCUGUACCUAAUGGAUUUCCUAAACCGGACGAUCCACCAGAGCUUAACCGGCAGAGCCCAAACCCGCGCAGGAAUAACACGGUUCCUCCUAGUCUAGUGCCUUUGGUGAACGGGAACAUGUCCUCCGUGCACGCCGUUAACGGCCGACCCAUGGGACACCCGGGGUCCGGUUUGAUGGCUGGUAGCCCCAACGGGCACGGCGGUAAGCGUCCGACCUCGUUCUCCAGCAUCGAGCAACACGAGAAGGAUAAGCACAGACCGGACAGCCUGACACCGGAGAUAGAGAACCACAAACAAAGGACGGAUGAGUGGAUGAACAAGGGGAAAACGGUCAGGGACUUGAUGGCUCUUCAUACCUUCGACAACCGGUUCAAGAAGGAUCCUGCAGCCAUGCAACAGAGGGCGAUGGGCUAUGAGCAACAACAGAACGCCGCAGCUUCUAAAUCAGACAGGGGAAAACACCCGCGGACUAUGAAGAGGAAAUCAUCCCCGGAACCGGAGGGAGAGAGAGAGGGAACCGCCUCCAAGCAUAACGGAGAGGACAGACAGCAGUGGUUACCGGGUCCACCAUCUGACCGUGACGGACAUAAAAUGCCCCCGGGACCGCCGCCAAGCUUCUCCUCCGUCCCCACCACCAUAUCCCCCCACUCUCGCACCACCCCACCGGAAGCUUCGCAGAACGGCCAGUCUCCCAUGGCAGCGCUGAUCCUGGCGGCAGACAACGCCGGCGGUGGUGCCGGGAACAGCUCGCCCAAAGACGGGAACCAGGUCCACUCCACCACGCGCCGCAACAGCAGUAGCCCGCUCUCGCCCUCCUCCAUGAACCAGAACCGGCGGCCCGCACAGGGGAGAGAUGGUACUGGUGGCGCGGGGACAACUCACGUUUCAGGAGGAGGCAUGGACCAAGGGCACGGACCUCAAAGCAUUCCGGACUCGUCAGUACCCGGGAGCGUACCCCUCUGCUGCACGCUCUGUCACGAGAGGUUAGAGGACACGCACUUUGUUCAGUGUCCGUCGGUACCCUCGCACAAGUUCUGCUUCCCGUGCUCGCGGGAGAGCAUCAAACAGCAAGGGUCCACCGGGGAGGUGUACUGUCCCAGCGGGGAGAAGUGUCCGUUGGUCGGCUCUAACGUACCGUGGGCUUUCAUGCAAGGAGAAAUCGCUACCAUCCUUGCAGGGGACGUCAAAGUAAAAAAAGAGAGGGAUCCUUGAUUUCCAUUUUCAACAUGGGGAAGGGAUUGUUGAGGGGGGGGGGGGUACAAAUACAACUAUAUAAAUAUAAAAAUACCACAUACCAUCCCCAAGAAAACGAAUGGACUAUGUACAUAGUGGACCCAAACCGAAGGGACUACUGUAUACUUCAGUAAAACAUGACUGUAUCAUUUUUGAUUUUUUUGGAAUACAUUGUGUUUGUAUAUUUUUGAAGAUAAAGGUAAUCCUAAUUUAAAUAAAAAAAGGACUCUCUUGGUUCCUCUUUGGUGAUGUACUUCUAGGUUCACAUCUCAAGUGGCACCCUCUUCCCUAUGUAGUGCACUACUUUUUGAAACUAGAACACCUAAGGCUCUGGUCAAGAGUAGUGCACUAUGUAGGGGUAGAGGGUGGUUGUUUGGGACGUGACCUGUCUGAUAGCAGUUUCCUUUUUCAAAAACGUAGAAUGUGACCGAUGAUGACUAGCCUCUCUCUCUCUCUCUCUCUCUCUCUCUCUCUCUCUCUCUCUCUCUCUCUCUCUGUCUCUCUGUCUCUCUGUCUCUCUGUCUCUCUGUCUCUCUGUCUCUCUGUCUCUGUCUCUGUCUCUUUCUCUCUCUCUCUCUCUCUCUCUCUCUCUCUCUCUCUCUCUCUCUGUCUCUGUCUCUGUCUCUGUCUCUGUCUCUCUGUCUCUGUCUCUGUCUCUGUCUCUGUCUCUGUCUCUGUCUCUGUCUCUCUCUGUCUCUCUGUCUCUCUCUCUCUCUGUGUCUCUCUCUGUCUCUCUCUCUCUCUCUCUGUCUCUGUCUCUGUCUCUGUCUCUGUCUCUCUCUCUCUCUCUCUCUCUCUCUCUGUCUCUGUCUCUGUCUCUGUCUCUCUGUCUCUGUCUCUGUCUCUCUCUCUCUCUCUCUGUCUCUGUCUCUGUCUCUCUCUCUCUCUCUCUCUCUGUCUCUGUCUCUGUCUCUCUGUCUCUGUCUCUGUCUCUGUCUCUCUCUCUCUCUGUCUCUCUCUCUCUGUCUCUCUGUCUCUCUCUCUCUGUCUCUCUCUCUCUGUGUCUCUCUCUGUCUCUCUCUCUCUCUCUCUCUCUGUCUCUGUCUCUGUCUCUGUCUCUGUCUCUCUGUCUCUGUCCCUGUCUCUGUCUCUGUCUCUGUCUCUGUCUCUGUCUCUGUCUCUCUCUCUCUCUCUCUGUGUCUCUCUCUCUCUCUCUCUCUCUGUCUCUCUGUGUCUCUCUGUGUCUCUCUCUGUCUCUGUCUCUGUCUCUCUCUCUCUCUCUCUCUCUCUCUCUCUCUCUCUCUCUCUCUCUCUCUCUCUCUCUCUCUCUCUCUCUCUCUCUCUCUCUCUCUCUCUCUCUCUCUCUGUAAGCACUUAGCAACCAACUGAAAUGAUUUUACUGUUAUGUGUAUGCACUUGUUUCAAAAUAAUUGCCAAAUACAAUUUGUGAUCUUGUAUGAAGAA